AUGGUACGAAAGGGUUCCAAGAAGGUCAGGACCGGGUGCAUCACCUGCAAGGUCCGCAAGAUCAAAUGUGACGAGACCAGGCCCUGUUGCCGACGUUGCACAAAUACUGGCCGCAAUUGCGAUGGUUACGCACCUCAGGGCCGCCAGCCCACGCCGGCGGCUCAUCUGGCCGUGACCUGUCAAUACUUGAGAACGAAGACGGAAUGUAGAGGACUGCAGUACUUUUGCGAGGUUGCCGCGCCACGCCUAUUGGGCCCCAAGAGCCCCUAUUUCUGGACCCACCUAGUGAUGCAGCUCAGCGAGUCAGAGCCAGUAGUGAAGCAUUCCCUGCUGGCAAUCAGUUCUCUCUAUGAGACUCAGGAAGCCCAAAAGACACCACCAGCUAUGCCCAGCCUUGCAUUACACCAUUACAACUCUGCCAUUCAAGGACUCAAAACCACUCAGAGUGAUGUCUUGGCACUAUUAGGGUGUAUCUUAUUCACCUGUAUAGAACUUCUGCAAUCGAAUAACGGAACGGCUAUUCGGCAUUGCGCCCAUGGCAUUGCCAUCAUGGAACGUUGCAACAACCCUUGGGCUCGAGAGCAUCUGGUCCCCAUAUUCCGACGGAUCAGUGUCUUGCCCCUACUCUUCGGCAGUGACUCCACAGAACUUAGCCGCUCUAUUGUCCUGGGGUUUGUAAUUCCCUCAAAGUUCGACAGUCUGGAAGAUGCACAGGUGAUGACAGAUGACAUUUUUAACCGAUUAAAGCGGCUUUGUUCUUUAAAGAAACAAGGAUUACACUUCGAUCAGGACAUAGAACGAGAGUACAUCAAGUCAUUGCUGGAAAGAUGGCAAUUCUUGAUGAAAGGCCUUAAUGUCCAUGCAGCGGCACAGGCAGAUGGUGCUUGCAACGGGCAAUACACCUUAACGAUGAUGCGCUUCCAAUUAUGUCAAGCGUGUUUUAACCUAUUAUUCUGCAAUGCAGCGGACGAUGAUGAUAAUACAAAGGCCUCUUCGACGAGAUGUAACUGUCUGGAAAUACGGUUCGCGGCGUAUCGGUUAAUGAAGGCACUGAGUGAGACAGAGAGGCUUUUCGGUACCCAACUGAUGCAUGCUACAGCUCGGAGACGAAUACAGACAGAACAUGACAUGAUAUGGAUGACCUCGACUAUCCGCAGGAUGUUGCCCCAUGUUCUAAGGAAAUUCCUUGGGGAUCAAGGAAGGAUGAAUACUUCAUCAAUGAAUGACAAAAGCCAGCCUCAGCACAACCCUUUCUAUCUUAAAUUGAUAAAGAAAAUUGACUGUGCAACCCAUGGUUAUGUUCUCAUAAGAUAGAAAGCCUGGUUCUGCCGUGCUGCCGACAGGGCUGGCAUGACAUGCUCAGUCGCAUCAACCAGUAACUUUGUCGCAGAAUAGCUUAGGAUCGGGCUCAAACAUGUUUUUGAUGGUCUCAGAUACUACAAAUGCCGAAAGUUCGAAUCCAC